AUGGAUGGGGCUACAUGUUUGAAGUCCCUUCUUUUAGCAAUCCGUCAUUACAAAAACAGUAAAUCUGCACUUAACGCUGCACAGCUUCAAAGACAGAUCAAGGAUGUGUCUGGACCUAAAUGCCUGAAGCUCCUGUCCUCUGAGCAGAUUCUUCCUAGUGAAUGUUUGAGUGGCUUGUUGGACGUUGCUGGAGAUCCCAGCACUGACUAUUCCCUAACAGAGAGCAUUGUAUCUCUGCUUGCCCAGCUUGCAUCUGAUGAUGAGAGCAGAGAGAACCUGCACGGUCGCUAUAACCUCACCAGCACUCUGACUGCUAUCAUCCACUGUAACAGAACUGCUCCUGAGGAUCCACUAGUGCUGCAGUGCCUUCAGGUGCUGCAGAGACUAACAUACAACAUGAGGACAUCCCACAGUGUUUCCUAUCUAGAUGAGCUCAUCACCUUCCUUAUGGUGAAUAUUCAGUCAAAUAAUGAUGACAUCACAAAGCUCUGCCUGGGCUUGCUGGCCAGUCUCUGUCGUCACAACCUCUCUGUCCAGACCCACAUCAAGUCUCAGAGUAAUCUCAAGGCCUUCUAUAAUGCACUAAUUGGCUUCCUGUCUCAUAACUCCCUGACUGUGGUCAUCUUUGCACUGUCCAUUUUAUACAGUCUGUCAUCCAAUGAGGAAGCAGCACAAAAGAUAUUUGGUCCAAAGAACAUUCACCGGACCUUUCAGAUGAUCUUCAACGUGACUGUCAAUGGUGACGGUUCUCUGGCCAGGAAUUACGCUGUUGACCUGCUCGUCGACCUCCUGAAAAACUCUAAAAUGGCAGAUUUCCUCACUAAAUAUGAGCAACUCCCUCGCUCUCUGUCUGAGGUCCUAGGUCUACUACAGGGCAAAGACCCUGAUGCUGCAGCUAAGGUUCUGGAGUUGUUGGUAUCUCUGUGCUCUGUGCCUGCUUUGCGGAGGCUGAUCUGUGAGAUUGUCUUCUGCCCUGCCAGGCCUUCCCUGCAGCUUGGUGCCAGGAAAGCUGUCCACCAGGGCAAGGGGGCGGGCCCGUGCAUGGCUCUGCUCAGGUGGGCCACAGGGCCCCUGGAUAAACCAGAGCAGUGCUACCUCCAGUCUCUGAUGCUGCUUACUGAACUAUUUGAGGAGGUGAUUGAUUCUUCUCAGUCACAUUCUGUGGAAUCGUUUGCUGAUCUCCUGCUUUCGACCCUGUUGAACCUGUUGAAGGUUCCGGAGCCUCCUCUGGCUGGUCAUCAGUUGAAGAGGCAUUGCGAGCGUGUGGGACGGGCUGUGGAUCUAUUACUGGUCCUGUGUAGGGAUGAUGUUCUGAGGAACCUACAAGCUCAGCAUAUCAGCUCAGACCUGUGCGCGUCUCAGGUUGAGUUCCUGCUCUCCAGCAGUCAGGGAGACCCUGCAUCUGGCUUUGUCUCUAACUCCAACCUCAGUAGCCAGGUGUGUUCAGUAGUUGUGCUGAAAAUUCUGGAGCUCAUGAGUCAACUGAAGCAGCAGGUGACCGACAUGGAGACGUGUUUUUACAGGACCCUCCAGGAGCAGAGGAUAGCCGUGCCUCUUUCUCUAGCACUCACGUCUGUCUACAGGGAGCACGUGCAAACGGCUCUACGCAUUUUGACGGAGGCAGUGACCCUGCCGGACUUCCCCUUUAUUGUGCUGGGUGAAAGCAUCGCGGCAAACAACGCGUACUGUCAGCGGGAAGGAGAGCUGGGUGGGAGAAGCGCAGUCGAUCGUGGUGACCUGUCAACAAUCUUACCCUUAUCCACACCGGCUUCUGCAAAUCCAGCGAGGUCUUCUCUCCAGAACAUUGAUAAUCUGAUAGAAACCCUCCAGAGUGGCGUGCAGUUACAGGAGCAGAUUAAGGAUGUCCAUGUGUCGGAAAUUAUUGACGUAUACGAACAGAAGAUCUCUGCCUUGGUGUCUGAGGAGAGUCGCCUUCAGGAUUUGUUGGAAGCCAAAGCCCUGGCGUUGUCACAGGCAGAUCGACUCAUCGCUCAGAGUCGUUGUCAGAGGGCGCAAGCUGAGGCGGAGGCCCGUAAGCUUGCAUCUCUGCUGAAGGAGGCGGAGAGAAGAAAAGAGGAGCUGCAGACAGAGUUGAGUGAACAGAGGAUGGAAAUGGAGCGACUGAGGGCAGAUUCUCGACAGAUAUCGGAGCACAACGGUCGACUUCUGGCUCUGUCUGAAGCUCAUCAGGCCUUAAAGGGGUCCCAUACAGAGCUCUGCAACAGACUGAACGAGCGUGAGAGGAUGCUGGAGGAGCUGCAAGCUGCCCACAUCUCCCUGACCCAGAAAACUGAGAGACAGAUCGAAGCCCUGAAAACACAAGUGCAAGAAAAAGACAGAAACAUAUCAGACCUGCAGACUGAGUUAGAUAGACAGGGGCAGAGGGCUUCUGACAUGGAGAUAACGAUCAGUGCUAUGAAAAAAGAACUAAAAACGAUCGAGCAGGCCAGGAAGGAUGCCAGCAUCAAGGCCUCCUCCCUGGAACUGCAGAAGUCCCAGUUGGAGGCCAAGCUACAGAAGAAAGAAGAAGAGCUGAGCAAACAUACCCAAAUGAUAGCUAUGAUCCACAGCCUAAGCAGUGGCAAGCUCAAAGGGGAUGUAACAGCUAACCUGUCUCUCUGA